AUGGAAAACGCGUUAACAGCGAAUCCCUGGGUGGAGCCACACGAGAAUACUAUCGUUCCUAACUUCUCUUCAUCAGGGCUACAAAAAACAAUGCUAGACUUAACAGCGAAUUGGAAAUCUUUAUCAGAGCUACAAAAAACAAUGCCAGACUCAACAGCGAAUUGGAAAUCUUUAUCAGAGCUACAAAAAACAAUGCUAGACUUAACAGCGAAUUGGAAAUCUUUAUCAGAGCUACAAAAAACAAUGCCAGACUCAACAGCGAAUUGGAAAUCUUUAUCAGAGUUACAAAAAACAAUGGCAGACUCAACAGCGAAUCGGAAAAAAGAACUUGUAACUAUUGAAGAAAACCAACAUACUAAUGUAGCGUCUGGCGCGAGGCGUCAUAAGAGGUCGCGCGUUCACACCACCAAUUCAACACCUUAUUCUCGUAGAUAUACCUUGCCAGAAGUAGGUGAAGAAAUCAACAAUAGUUGGAAAGUCAUUUCGUCUUCCGUUUCUAGUAUUUACAAGCAAAUAAAGGACGUGUAUAAAUUCCCUGUCCCUCCGGAACUUCACCCGCAAUUUUCGUCUGAAGAUCCAAUUUCUUCUGACUCUAGUAAUAAAUACAUUCAAUGGCCGUCUUUUGAUACUGAUAUACGACAAAUGAUGCUUGAUACAGCAGAGAAAUUUGAUUAUCAGGCUCCACCUCCUCAACAAAAUUCCGGAAAUGCUCUCAGACGCGUUAGAACACGCAUGCGCAUGGUUCUACCGUAUGCACGUCCGGCAGAUUAUUUAAAAAACUCGUAUUUUCGUCGAUUGAAAGAUUUCAUAAAACCACCGAUUGUAAAUAGCUAUUUUAAAAUUUUAAAUUGGUUGUCUGACGCGUCGACGGAUUUUAAGGAUUUUCUGUUAAUUGGAAAUACUGGUGAUGAUCCAUUUGUUUUGUACAUGAAAGAGAAUCCUUCCUUAUUCAAUCAAACGAACUCAACUAGCUGA